UUAUUACUUCACUUUCCCUUCCCUCGCUCCCCAGUUCUUCCCUCGAAGCCAUCUUUGCUGUCUCUCUCUGUCUCUACCUUUUGAGAACUCGUUUUUUUUUUUAAGCUUUCAAGGGUUGUCCAUAGGCAAGUGUGCCUCUGCUCGAACUGGCUAACUCAGGAGAAAUUCUGGAGGAAGAAGGGUCUGAUUCCAGUAGUAUAGGGGUGGUUCAAGCCCUAUAUGAAGCCUUAAACGCAAGAGACGUUGAGACGGUUCACCGCCUGUUGGCGUCGGACAUAGAGUGGUGGUUCCAUGGUCCACCUUCUCACCAGCAUAUGAUGCGAUUGCUCACUGGUGUCUCUCCAGACAACCUUUUCGUUUUCCGGCCUAUCACCUUCACUGCUAUUGCUUCUACUAUCCUCGUUGAAGGCACCGAUCAGAAUCAUUCGGUCUCGUGGAUUCACGCUUGGACGGUCAAUUCUGAUGGGAUAAUCACCCAAGUCAGAGAGUAUUUCAAUACUUCCCUUACUGUGACUCGCUUUAUUGAAAAUUCAAACCAAUCGUCACCAUCUUCCCCUGUUUCUUCAUCGUCGUCGUUUAAGUGUCAGCAGCUGUGGCAGAGCAAGCUCCCUAAGGACGUUCCUGGUCUUGUUCUGGCGAUCUAAUUGCAAAUUUCUCAAGCAAAUCGGUGGUUCCUGAGUUCCAAUAAAGGGGAAAGUCCUUCUUACUUGUCAGUGUUUGAUGGGCUGAAGUACCCAUUUGGAUUUGGUUAUAGAAAUUGUGGUAGUGAUGUAGGGUGUGUCGAUUAGUCGGUCGGUCUCUGUCGAGUGUGGUGUGGUUUUGAUUUGUCUUCAAUUAGGGUCUUUUGUGUCUGUGUUUGUGGGGAUUUGAUUUGGUUUGAUUUUAUUCUGUAAAAGGGAAAUGGGCAGGAAGCAAUGCUUGCAUUUGCAGAGCCCUUCUUCCCAUUCCCAUGUCUCUGUUAUUGUAUGGCGUUGUCUUCUUCGUCAUCUUCAUCAAAUAAAAGGAGUUUGCCUUAUAAA